AUGGAGUCACUCAGUGCUGCUUUAGAUGCUAUCAGUGUUACCACAGAGCUGGUUGUGGAGGAGCUUGAACCUCAUAUAGAAACACUGCUGACUGCAGCAGUAAGGAGGGAGAGCAGCAUAGCUGAGCAGGUGGUAGAAAGUGGCAUUCUGCCGGUUCUGGCUGAGGCCUUGAGGAGGAAAAGCGCCCUCACUGUCCACACAGCCAGACUGGUGUCUGAGCUCUCCAGGGAGGCUCCCUUCAGAGAUAGCUGCUUUGAAACUGGAAUUGUUUCUGCUCUUCUGACUCUGCUGCUCAGUGAGAACCAGGAGCUACUGCUGCAUGUUAGCCAAGCCAUCGGGAGAAUCUGCUGGGACAGCAAUCUGCAGCAGGAAAGGCUGUUGAGACUGGGAACUAUCCCCAAACUGGUGCCUGUGCUGCUGCAGUAUUGUGAGAAUGAGGCCUUGCAGAGCUCCUGUCUGCUGGCUCUGUGUAAUCUAGCUGGUAUGGGUCAAGAGGAUGGCUCUACACUUGUCUGGGAGAGGAGAGGCCAUUUUGACAAGGAAGUACAUGUGUUCCAUGGCACCUUAAAGGACUCGUUUGAUGUUGUGUCAGCAGUGACAGUGGUCCAACUAAGCCAGUGGUCUCAGGGACAGUACUUGGUAAGCAUGGAAGUGGUUCAGAAAUGCUCCACUCUCUUGUGGAAGGAACACAACAGACGACAGAUUGAACGGCGCCUGCUAAGUUUCACACUCUUGGGCUUUUUCCCCAAAUUCUACAAGAUUAUAAAGUAUUCUCUGUGGAACAUUCUUACGGACAGGAGUUGUCUGAAGACAGCAGUGUUUCACACUUUCUUGUGAGGAUGGAUCACAUCUCGGGUGUGCAUUUGAGGAAAAUGUUCAGCUUGGGUGUUCAUUUGAGGAAAAAUAUAUCAAAAGUAGAAAACCUUAAAACUGUUGCCGAUUUGAAGGAAGAAUAUUUGGUGAAACAGAUUAUGGAGAGAAAAAAAGACAGGGUCUACAAGCAUCCAAACGAUUCGGAUAAGAAGCCAUGUCUGUCUGUUUGUCACUCAUAUUUCCUGUCAAGUCAGAAAGCAUUCUAACCUAUGUAACCAUGGGCAUGUAUUUUGUGAGGCAAGGCUUUUGAAGAAACUCUGAAAGUAUUUGUAUGAAGUUUAUUAGUUUCCAAACAGCUUCAGCUAACUUUCACUGAAAUCACUAACUAUACUAUUAGAUCUCUAUCCAAGUAGAAAUAAGUGCAUUAUUGCUAUGGCCAUAUACUGUAUAGUACAUGGUAUAUAAUGUACAAUAGAUGCAAAUUAUUAAUUUUGUUGCAUAUUGAGGUAUCCAGACACAUUAAAAUUUUAAUGCUAAGCAUAAGAGGGGAUCGGGGCUAAGGUGCAGUUUGUUGUUUGCAUUAAUCUGUCUGUAUCUAAGAGGCCUUGUACUGCUUGAUUCCAUGCUCAACUCAGACAGAGUUGUAACCAGAUUCACUGUUUUGUAUUCACAAAAAGUAUUUACGUAUUUAAAACCUAACCAUAUUGUAUGAAUGCACUGCUUUCAGAGCCUUGUGUUCAUUAUGUAAUGCAAAUUAAGAAGCCUG